GGGUAAUUGUUGUCCACACUCUUACACUCUUUCUCUCUCUAUCAAAGUCUCAUCUCAUUCCCCAUCUCUUAUCUUCUACCACCCUCACUUACUUAACCCCCCACUUUUAAGAUUAAACCCCCUUUCAAAUUUCAACUCUCCUCAUAUAAUAAAUACUCUUACUUUCUUCAACUAUCAUAUUUAGUAUUUACACAAUAAUAAAAAAAAAAAGUGGACUUUAAAAUUAAAAAUAAAACCACCCCUCAUAACCCAAAAUAUUCCUUAAUUUUUCUUUCUCUCUCCGACCAAAAUCCAUCAUCAUCAACUCCCAAAACCCAGAUCUCUUUUAUAAUUAAUUUACAAAUAUAAAUAAACCCAACUCAAAAAGAGUUUUCUUUUUUUUUAAGGAAAAAACAGAAAAAAAAAAAUGGAAUUUGAAGACGAGCAUGAUGAAGAGCAGGAAGAAGAAGAUGAUGAUGAAGAGGAAAUUACUAUCCCACCACCACCACAAACACAACAACAACCACAACCACAACCACAACAACCACCAGGUUUAGUUAUCCCACCGGGUUAUGACUCAAUCGGAGGAAUCAACUCAGUACCGAGUCGACCCCGAGUUAACCAAUCAAGUGUAGGAGAGAGAAGAUCCGGUGUGGUAAGGUACAGGGAAUGUCUAAAAAACCACGCCGUAAACAUGGGUGGUCACGCUGUAGAUGGUUGCGGUGAGUUCAUGGCAGCCGGUGAAGAAGGUACACUGGAUGCGCUAAAAUGCGCCGCGUGUAACUGUCACCGCAACUUCCACCGUAAAGAAACCGACAUAAUAAGUGGUAGUGAAACCACCAUCGGACCAUCCCCAUCACAACCAUCAACAACACCACCUGCGGGUGCAUUGUACCCUCAAUUCUCCGCGUACUACCGAACCCCAGCUCCAGCAUCUUACCAUGUGGGUCCACAAUCACAUCAUUACAGACCACUUGCAGCACUCCCUUCAACAUCAGGUGGAACACACAGUGGGGAUGACGUGUCGCAUCCGAGUAGUAGUGGUGGAGAAGGAAGAAGAGAUAGUGGAGUCGGAAUCGGAGUCGGAAUUGGUGGAAGUGCAAUGAUGAUGGUACCAAAAAAAAGACACAGAACAAAGUUUAGUCAAGAACAAAAAGAUAAAAUGCUUGAAUUUGCUGAGAAAUUAGGAUGGAGAAUUCAAAAACAUGAUGAAGCUGCUGUUCAACAAUUCUGUGCUGAAAUUCAAGUUAAGCGUCAAGUUCUUAAAGUUUGGAUGCAUAACAACAAGCAUACUCUUGGACUUUGAUGAUGAUGUACUUAGCUUCUUGGCGGAGCUGCCCAAACAUUUCAAGUACAUUUAGGAGGAAUUUUGAGAUUGAGUUAUUAAUUAUUGUUGAUUCUUGUUUUUAUUAAAUUAAUUAUCAUAUUGACAUUAUUGAGCAAUUGCUCUUUAGUUAAUUAAUUAAUUAAUUCCCCUAUUUACUACAUUUACUUAAUUAUUAGUAUUUAUUUUAAUUUAUUUAUGGAAAUUUUUUGAUAGACAACAUUAUCCAAAUUCAUCCUUGUGUGU